AUGGCACAAGCCUUGCCUAAUCCCAACACUUUAUUACCACUUGAGCUGGUCGAUAAAUGUAUAGGCUCAAGAAUUCAUAUCAUAAUGAAGAACGACAAAGAAAUGGUGGGAACGCUGCAAGGUUUUGAUGAUUUUGUAAAUAUGUUAUUAGAUGAUGUCACUGAAUACGAAUCGACGCCAGAAGGAAGAAAAAUUACAAAGUUAGAUCAAAUAUUGCUCAACGGAAACAAUAUAGCAAUGUUGGUGCCUGGAGGUGAAAUGCCGGGAGAUUCGUAUGAGGGACAA